UAACGCGCGUACGUGACGUGUGUUGCGACAUGUCAAGCUUCAAUAAAUGGGUAUUGACUUUUUUUUUUUUUAAAUCCAAGUAGCGCGCCCCAUUUUGUUCUCUUCAGUAGCAUGUUUUCAGCCCAAACUUUCUUGACAUUUGCCUGACAAAUAUUGAUCAUGGGCCAACCAGGUAUUUGUUGCUAGGCAGACUUUUUACGCGCGUGCUCAGGUGUGCAAGACAACGCCCCAAAAAGAGGAUGUUACUCACACUGUACAGAACGUAAUUAUAUGAUAGACAUGUUUGCUGUUACCUUUGGCGUUUUAUUGGACUUUAACUCCUUACUCUUUGAGGUGUUACGAUACUUUUGGGGGUUACUUUUGACUUUUAAUAACAGGCUUGUGACCAGUAGGUUUCUAGUAGUGAUGCCACAAUUGAUCAAUGAAUUGAUGAUUAUUAAUUCAUUGACAACUAUUUUCAUGACUGAUUGUUUGACAUACAAUUGGCCAAAUUUCCAGCUUCUCACCAGUAAAUACUCUCAACACAGUAAUAACAAUUUGUGCUCAAAUAUGACAUAAAAAGCUAUGGCUUUAGGAGGGGGAGCAUGUUCAUAUUAAUUUUCAUGUUUUUGUCUUAUUUAACUUUAAUGAGCGCAGCUUUGCAACCGGUGGCGUAGCAUGGCAAGUCGAAGUUUAAACCCGGUAGGAUACAGCUGUGUCCUCCUUUUUGUUUUUUGUUUUUUCACCCACACGCCAGUCACAUUAGCGCCCGACAUUAGCAUCUGCUUGAUAAAAAAAAAGUGCACAUAAUUGAAAUUUAAUUAACUACAUUGUUUCUAUUCUCUGGUGUGUUUGUGCCAGCUAGCAACGUUUUCCACUUCCGAUGUUCCCUUGAAAUAACAUUUGUUGACUUGCCGCAUUGUCAGUCCGUGCACGUGUUGUAUCAAUGAGCUGUUUAUUCCCACCGGCAGCGUUUCCUGUUUGGUUCUGCUUUCAAUCGGCUAGAGUGGAACAAGAAAGACAUUGUGUUAAAGGUCCAAAUAAAAGCCUUGAAAUGUCACCAAUGCCUCCGGCGGGGCAAUGGUCAUGUGUGCCCCGAAGCCGAGCAGUCCCUUGAGGCGCGAGGUGGCGACGGGAGGAAGGAAGGACGGGAAAAGGGCGCCUGGAAAACAGGAGGUUUGCUCGCGGCUGACGCAUUGUCCGCCAAAUGUCUGGAAAAAAAAUACGGGAGUGUCAUAUCGUGACAAGCUGGACACCAAAGCAGGCUGCUAGCUUAAAGGCAAAAGGAGGAGCCUCGCCGUAUACUUGAGCCGGCUGAAGGUGUUUAGUGGUCACAAGGAGAUGGACGCGCUGAAGAAGGAACUGGAGGAAGAGCUGAAGCUUAGCACCGAGGACCCCAGGAGCCAUGCCUGGUACCACGGACCCCUCACCAGAGAGGGUGCCGAGGCUCUUUUCGACAGGGACGGGGACUUCCUGGUGCGAGACUCCAGCUCGUCUCCGGGCGACUACGUCCUCAGCUGCUACUGGAGGAACGAGCCCAUGCACUUCAAGAUCAUACGGGUGGUGCUGAGACCCAAAAAGGGCUACUCCCGGGAGCUGUUCCAGUUCGAAGAGGACCGCUUCGACAACGUCCCCGCCCUGAUCCGCUUCUACGUGGGGGACCGGCGGCCCAUCUCCCAGGCCUCGGGCGCCAUCAUCUUCCACCCGCUGACCAGGACGCUUCCUUUGCGCGUCAUCGCCGAGCGCCAGCGGGCCGCCGAGGCCAAGUCGCACGUGGAACGCGGCAAACGGCUCAGCUUCAGCAGCGCGCCGGGAGACGCCCUGCACGCCAACCCGCUGCUCAGGAGCGGGAGUCACCCCGGUAACCUGGAGAACCUCGGAUGCAGGCCUUUGCUCCAGUCGGCCCAGUCGGACAGCAACCUAAGGCCAGGCACUCCUCAGAAGGCCAAAGCGGAAGACGCCGGCCCCCCUCCCAUUUCGCCGGUGUUCCGCACGGGGAGCGAGCCUCUUCUCAGCCCCAAGCCGCAGCAAACGCGCACGUGUCACCCCGGUGGGGGCGUGACGCUGCGGGGUUCUGAUGGACAGCUGCACUCUCGAGCGCCCCCCAAACCUCUCCGGAUCUCUGUUGUGUUCCCCAAAACCUCGCUACUCGCCACGCCUUUGGACCGGGACGACGACCCGUCCGUUUUCUACGACGAGCUGGUCGUUCAGGUGCCUCAGUCCCGGCGCAAGGGUCACGUCGAUCGACUUCGGGCGGAGGAAAAGUGGCAGAGCAGGGCUCGGAUCACCGAGACCUCCUUCGGCUUCCUGGAGGCGGAAAACAGCGAGGAGGCGGCGUCCCGUCUGCCGCGACUGCCCGACAAGGAGCAUUUUGAACGUCCUCAGGUGGAAUGGAGCUCCUGCUUCCAGCUGGACCGCUUCAAGUCACUGCUGCUGCCGGACAACAACCGUCCGCUGGAGCCCAGCGUCCUGCUGGAGCUGAAGGAGCUCUUCGCCCGCACGGACCCCAACACCACCGCGCUGCACCUUCUCAGCGUGGACUGCCAGGCGGCGCGCAUCGUGGGCGUGACGGCCGAGCAGAGGCGCACCAUGGGCGUGGCCUCGGGUCUGGAGCUCAUCACGCUGCCGCACGGCCGUCAGUUGCGGCAAGAUCUGCUUGAGAGGCAUCAUCUGAUCGCCUUGGGCGUGGCCGUGGACAUCCUGGGCUGCACGGGCACGGUGAGCCAACGGGCCACGGUGCUGCACAGGUUCAUCCUCCUGGCGCAAGCUCUCAAGGAGCACGCCCACGACCUCUACGCCUUCUCGGCCGUCAUGAAGGCGUUGGACAUGCCUCAGGUGGUGCGGCUGCAAAUGACGUGGCGCCUGCUGCGGAGGAACCACACGGAGAGCGCCGUCCUGUUCGAGAAGACCCUCAAGCCUUUCAUGAAUUCGCUCAACGACAGCGACGAAUGCAUUUCGGGGGUUCCGGUGGCCGUGCCGCACCUGAUUCCCGUGCUGCUGCAGAUGGAGGACCUGGACUUCCUGGAGGACAGCCACCGAGGCUGCCAAAUGCUCUUUGACCUCUUGCAGGCGGCUCGGCGACACGCCGCGCAGGCACGCCAACACCAGGAGCACGCCAAAGCUCUGCUCGCAAGCGGCUGGACGCCUGUUCCCGAGUUGCUGGAGGCCUUCCGGACCGAGUUCGCCCUGCGACUCUUCUGGGGCCAGUCGGGAGCGGAGGCGGACAGCAAGGAACGCCAUGAGAAGUUUGACAAAAUUCUCUGCGUGCUCUCGGAUAAACUGGAACUGGUGGACAUCGGACCCGAACAGAAGCAGCAGCCUCUCAGCUGAGACCGUGGGGAAUAGCUUUCCUGAUCAAAAUGUGAUUUUGUCCGUCAAUCCUGCAAAUGCCAUUCAAUUUUUACGUGGACCGCAGCCCAUCAAGGCAGUUGGACAAACUUCUAAUUUGAUGAUCAAAAUAUGGUUGUUGUUUUUUUUUAUGAUUUCAAAGAGUGGACAAUUGUCCGCUACAUUAUGUUUCACAAAUCGUGGACAUAUGUUGGACUGAGCCGCCACCGUCACACUACCAAAUGUUUUUGUUCGCUCGUGUACAUAUCGGCUAAUAAAUGUUUAUUUUUCUUUUGUU